AUGACGCGCGCCCAGCAAACCAUUUCCGUCCUUCUCCUCGUUUCCUCUCUUUACCUCAGUCUCUACCUUGGUCUCAUCCCUCUGAACGAGACCCUCCAGAACGAAGUCAUCCCCGUGCUCCCCUUCUGGGCUGUUAUUGUCUUUGGAUGCUACCUUCUCGCCCGUCUCGGUCUUGCGAUCUUCACCUUUAAUGACGUCCCCGAGGCACACGCGGAACUGCAGAAGGAGAUUGAACAGGCCAAGAUCGAACUGCGCCAGGGCAAGAUUGAUGUCGAUUAA